GACGCUCCGGGAGUAGCGUGGCAUUUUUUCGGUCGCAACGUCAGGUAGAGCAGCGCGGCUCUCUGUAGAACCCUCCCCCUCCCCCUGUCGCCUGGGCAACGAGCAGUGAACCUCGCCGGACAGAGUUUGAUGGGGCCGAUGAGGCCUUGGGGACACGCGUUCCGCAAUAGCGAGGUGAUAGACAGAUAGAACGAAUACUGAAGCUAGUAGAAGAUAAUCCAGUGCUCUUUCUUGAACAUUAUGCCAGGCAGUGUAUGUCAUCAUGUGUCGCAAGUAAGGACACUGUACAAAAAGAUCCUUCAGCUUCAUCGUGUAUUGCCCCUGGAACUGAAAGCACUGGGAGAUCAAUAUGUGAAAGAUGAAUUCAGGCGACACAAAUCCAUCAGCCUUCAGGAGGCCCAGCACUUCCUACAGGAAUGGGAGAACUACGCAAUGAUGCUUCAGCAGCAGGCUAAUCAACAUGUGCAAAACACCACUGAUCAGCCUGAUUUUGGAGCACAUCUCACAAAGGAGAAACUUAAUGCCCUUCGAGAUGAGCAAAUUGGACAGCUAAAUGAACUAAUGAAAGAGGCCACCAAACCAAAGAGACAGUUCAGUAUUUUAGAUGAUGGAGACUGCAAACAUUAACACAUUUUCUGAAUUUCAUUUUAUGGUGUUUCUUUCUUUUUCUUUUUGUAUUUUUCCCCCAAAAUGGUUUUAUUCUAAAGAAUAAUGGAAGAUGGUAAAGAUAUGCAUAACAAAUGAUCAGAAAUAGCUAGUGGCAUUUAUAUAUUAUGUAUAGCCUGCACUAAGCGUGUAGAAUAGUUCAAUAUUUUGGAACAUUUCAGCUAUGUUAAAUUUACUAUAUGCAGGGAAUGAAUUAAAAUGGCUUUGUACUAAGAAUGUAUUUUGUGAAUAGCCGGAACAUCAGAAAGGGAAGAACUCUGAAUUGCAUAUUGAUGCAAGUUUAAAGUUUAAUAGUUGUUUUGCUUUUUUAAAAAAUAGAAUAUAGUUGUAUGUAUUUAAUAUAAUUUAUUGUUUAAUUCAAGUGUCUUGAAGAUCAUAUCAAAUUCUGCUUUUGAACUUACUUUUAAAUACUAAAAUCUGCCUUCUUCUUUUCUUUCCUGCAAAAGAAAUUUUGUUUUUUUCUAUUUCAUUUUAAAGCACUAAGGUAGCAGAUGGCAUUGUUACUCUUACUGUGAUGCACCUUUGUAUCAUUCUUCUGCCUCCCAUGCUGCUCUUGCUUUGUGUUCUAAUAAAAGUUCUCUUGCUAUGUCUUCCCUUGAGAUUUAAUUGGGAUAUAACAAGCCAAGCAAGCUCCAGACUGCUGGGAAGAAGAUGGUUCAAUGCGAGAAGAAAAUCUGCAUACA